CAUGCUUUAUAUAUGUUACAUAAAAUAUAUCUAUUUUAUUUGAGAGUAAUGUUAAGUCACAAACUUCAUAUAUAUAAAUUAAUUAUUAGAUGGCAUGCCAAUGACUACUUUGUCGGACACCCUAGUCGUAAUGCUUGUGCACUAUUUCGAUUAUAUGAAAACGAAUCAAGGUUGAUGCUUGAGAACGUCUAUAGUAUAAUUAACAGAAUAUAG